AUGUCCUCCCAACAGCCCGCGACAGUAGAUACCGGUUACGUCACCGACCCCAGCCCAUUGGGGAAUACCUACACAUCGGAUCCCAGCCUUCAACGGGCACUGGCAUGGUACUUACCAUCCGCUACAUUUGAAUCUAUACAACCACAUCUCACCCAGCUCGGUUCCGAGGCUAUUUCCGAGCAGGUUCGUGAAUGGAGCGCCGAUGCCGAGCGUAAUGUGCCAUACGUCAAGAGUCAUAAUGUUUGGGGCAAGAGAUAUGAUUAUGACCGAUUGAUAACAACGGAAGGUUGGAAACAAUUGGGGAAAUGGGGUGCUCGGAAUAGGAUCGUUUCAGCGGGCUAUGACCAGAACCUAGGGGUUGAUAGAAGGACAGUUCAGUAUGCGCUCAUGACCGAUGGUGCUGCUUUUAUUCUAUCACGCAGAAUCAACAAACUGCCAUCUACACAUUCUUUCCAUACUGCGUUCAACGGGCUGAUCUCCGAAAAAGAUGACCACUGGACCUCGGGCCAAUGGAUGACCGAGAGAGCCGGUGGAAGCGAUGUUCAAAACACCGAAACAUGGGCAACAUACUCGCCUCUAGCUACCACAGGGUCCGACCCUCUAGGUGAAGGCGACUACCUAAUCAGCGGAUUUAAGUUCUUCUCCUCAGCAACGGAUGCAAACCUUGCCCUUUUGCUCGCUAAAACACCGUCCGGAAAGCUAAGCACAUUCCUCGCCCCAUUGCGACGGACAGUGAUAGGCGCCGACGGCGUCCCUAGGGUUGUAUCCAAUGGCGUCAGGAUCCACCGACUGAAGAACAAACUCGGGACCAAAGAAUUGCCAACGGCCGAAUUGGAACUAAAGGACAUGCGUGCGCAUCUCCUUGGAGAGCUAGACCAGGGCAUCAUCACCAUCGCGCCUCUACUCAAUGUCACCCGUCUUCAUACAUUUGUCGGGUCACUUGCCGGUUGGCGUAGAGCUAUCAGUAUCACGAAGAGCUUCGCGAAAGCGAGGACUACAGUUGGUGAACCGCUCUGGUUAAUCCCGAUGCACUUGCGACUCCUCGCAGACAUGGAAGUAAAGCAUCGCGGAGCGAUGAACCUUGCAUGGUUCACAGUUGCUUUGUUUGGGGUGGUUGAGGAUCAGACAUCCUCGUCCAAUAAGCUCGCCCAUCUACCUCAUCCCGGCAAGGAAGCCGAGGUGGUUUUCCGCGUCUUGACUGCCACUGCUAAGGCUGUCAUUAGUAAAAUGACCACUAUCGGAAUCCAGGAAUGUCAGGAAUCUAUGGGUGGAGUCGGAUAUAUGGAUGAGGCUGAUGAGCCCGAGUUCAAUAUCUCUCGGAUUAUGCGUAAUAACGCGGUCAACUCUAUCUGGGAGGGUACUACCAACGUGCUAGCGAGCGAGUUUGUUCGAUUCCUUAUCAAGAAAGAUAACCUGGGCAUAUUUGGGUGCUGGCUUGACCGUACCUUGACCCUGAUUCAGCGGGCAGAUCUUCGGAAUGUCCUGACAGCUGCGUGGUCGACUUUACGUGCUCGUUUUACAACUCAGGAUCCUGCUUCGACUGUUGCUGAUGGCCGUCGUUUUAUGUUUACACUAGCUUGGAUUUUAUCCGGUGCUCUUCUGGCGCUUGAUGCUGAAAGGGAUAAUGACCCUGUCAUGGCAGAGAUCGCUCGUCGCUGGAUCGUGAGCGCCGAGGGUGGUGUGGGAGACCAGGUGUUCCAUGAUAUCGUUACUGUCAGUGGCAAUGCUAGUGCUAGUUCCGGAGGCGAUGAGCAUCUCCAAUGGGACUGCCGUAUUGCCUGGGGAGUUGAUCUGCCGGCGAACCGUGCCUCUGGUCAUCGAUCCUUGCAAAAGGCGGGUUCGAAGCUUUGA